AUGGCCCGGCCUGGCGACAAAAUUCCGGGAGGGGCCUUACCCAUCGACACUGUCAUCCACGACCUGCAAGGUUUAGUUUCAAGUGCUAAAAACCAAGCCACAGACGCUGCCGACUUUAAAGAUUAUAGCUAUGCUGUGAUGAUAUAUCGUCUUGCAAAACCACGCUGCGCCGGAACCAUUAUACAUCCAAAAGGAGUUCUAACAACUUGUUCCUGCGUUUCAUGUGUGAGGAAUGCCCAAAGCCUUCAAAGGGUUAAGAUUUAUUAUGGCUCUGCAAAUUUCAAUGACAUGUCAACUAUGAUGUUGGAAGCUAUUCAUAAGCAUUCCAAUUGUGAUACUUACAACAUUGCAUACAUUAAGACCAAAGAAGAAUUUUCGAAAAGCGUGAAAAGAUUAAGUAUUUCUCCAUUAAAAACUAGUCAAAUUAGAGAAAAAGGAUUAAAUAAUUGCAAAUAUGCUGGUUGGGGUGCUUCUCAUGAAAAGAUUAAUAUUAUUCAAUCAAUGGUCCAGGUAUUUUUAAAUAACAUCAACUUUACUGAAGCUUUAGUUCCGGCGCUGUACAAAUUUAAUAAUACUCAAUUUGUUUGUGCAGAUGAUGGUGGAGCAAUCAUUUGUAAAGAUAAAUUGGUUGGUAUAAUAAUGAAUAAAAAAAAGUGUGCUGAUUAUCAAACUAAUCCAAAUGAAAAAGCAAAAUUUUUGUAUGCCACCGAUUUUGUUGAAUGGUCUGAAAUACAAGCCCAGAAAAAAUGUGAAUACUUAUCUCAUGUUCAAACAGCAGUCUUGUCCGACAACAAUAUCAAAUCAACCAUAGUAAAGUCCAAGGAGGAUAGAUUGGUCUUCUGUAUUCCAUCUCAUAUGUUUUUUGAAAAUGAUGAAUAUGAGUCUUCUGAAGAAAUAGUUGAUGGUUUUGCCAACUUCUUUAAAAGUGUUUAUGAGAUUUCUGACAACAAUAUUGUAACUAUAAAUAUUAGUAAUAAUAGUUCAAGCCAUAUUCACCUAAAUUGUUUUCAAGAAAAUGAUAUAAAAAAGCGAUUUCAUCUCUUAAAAAUAACUCAUCCCGUGGUCAUGAUCAAAUUCCCAGUUUCUUUAUUAAAGAUUGCCAUAAUCUGUUAG